AUGGACACAGAUUUAUUUGAAGUAGAGGACAUGAUAUGGAGCUGUACAAAUGAGAACAUGGAAACUUGUCUUGAGAAAAUUCAAAAUUUUAUUAAUAAAAAACCAGGGAAUGCAGAUAUAGUAUAUGAUACUGCAUUUCAAGCAUCAAUAUAUCGUCCCAAAAUACUUUUGAACCUUUCCACGAUCGUUCAACUUGCAUUAGAAAAGAGAAUUUAUACCCAUGAAUCAAGUAAGACCCCAUUGAACUCUAUUCUUAUUAAGCGCAAUAUUAUCAAAUCCAAAGAUUCCCAAAACAAGACAUUAGAAGAAAUACUCGAGCUUUAUCCCCCAAAUUCAGUUCAACACGCACUUUUAUGGGAUAAUGUCUCAGAAAUCUCAGCAAAGAUGAUAGACAAAUACAUUAAAUCCAAAGAAUUAAUUUCCCUGGACCCACUCUUCCAAGGUGUAUUUUCCAUUGUGAAUGUAGCUGCUUAUCUCGGUGCCGUGAACAUUUUUAAUUUAUUGUUGACAUAUAAAGUUAAAGUUGACGAUAGUACAGCGACGAAUGCCAUUUGUGGUGGGAAUAAUGACAUCAUAAAUCAAUGCAAAGAUGUUAUAGUAUACAAUGAAGAUAAAUUACAUUACGCGAUGAUGCAUUACAGAACAGAAAUGGUUGAUUUAAUUUCCCAGAAAAUUGGCAAAAAACCUUUAUUAACUGAUACAAUCAGAUACCACAAUACGAAGCUGUUUUACGACUUGAUACAAGAAGGUGCUGAUGUCAAUGCACAUAAUAGUGAUGAAAAACCACCAAUCAUUCUUGCAGCAAGUGGGUACAAUGAAGAUAUUGUUAGAGUACUUAUAGAAAAAGGUGCCAAUGUAAAUGAAAGGACAAAAAAUAAUUUGACACCAAUUUUCUUUGCAGCAAAGAAUGGAUGCACACCAAUUUUCAAGUUGCUACUGGAUGCUGGAGCAGAUAUUAAUGCUAUCGAUACAAGUGGAAGAGAUGUAAUGCUUCCGGCAAUUUCAAGUGUUAAAUCAGAAUUAAUUUAUUUUAUUUUAGAAAACGGUUAUGACAUGUCAAGAAAUCAAUACCAAAAUCUCAAAUUACUGGUUAUUAAUGACCUCAUUGACAUUAUGAAAGCAUUUCUACAGAAAGGAGCUUACAAGAGAUGGCACAAACAUGAUGGUUUGAUGGAAUGCAUUUUGAGAAAACAAAACAUCGAAAUGUUUAAAUUGGUAGCUGAAUUUGGAGUCGGAAUUCAAAGUUUUGAUUCUUCAAAAAUGAAUUUACUGAUGAUGGCUGCUAGUUUAGGCAAUAUUGAUGCCUGCAAGUACCUCUUAGAUAACAAUGUUGAUGUAAAUGCAAUUGACUUAAGAGGAAAAACUGCACUUCAUUUUGCGGUCAAAUAUCCCACAAUCAUCAAAUUAUUAAUUUCAAAAGAGGCAAAAAUUGAUGCUAAAUGCUCUUUCGGGUCUACUCCAUUGAUAGAUGCUACAAAAAUCAGUAAUGCUCAUUCUGUUCACAUUCUUCUCAAAAAUGGAGCUGAUCCAAAUAUCAGAGACUCCUCUUCAAACUUUCCACUUUCUUACGCAAUUAUGUCUUAUUCAUUGGAUGUUAUGACCGAAUUAGCAGCUUAUAAUCCAGACAUACAACUAACAGAUUCAACUGGAAGAAAUGCUGCAAAAAUUAUACAUCAAACGUGGACAAAAGAACUCGCAAGGCCUGUUUUAGAUAUAUUAGAAUCAAUAAAGAAAUAA